GUGCGUAAUAUUGCGUGGGAACCGGAAGUAGGUUUUCAUAAGAAUGGCUUCUUUCAAUCAACCGACAACUCAGCCAAAUAACCCUGUAUCAGGAAGAAGCAGGAUGGCGACUUCAAGCCCAAGAAAAGUACUUUUUCGUUCACCAGUUUCUGUAGAGGAUAUACGGUCUACUGAUGUGCAGAUGGAUAGGCUGGAAGUUGAACAACUGACAGAGACCUGUCUGAAAAAGGUCCAGGGAGAGGUUAUUGAGCAGAGACUGAACGACCUUCGGAAGAAGCUGACUUGGCUGUCUGAGACUGACUGGAAGUACAGGAGACCGGAGGAAUUGAUUGGCCUGGAGAAAUGAGCUUAUUCACCGACAUCAUUGACAAUGUCUUCUUCUUCUUCAGGGUAGACCUGUGUCCUUCACGCUUGAAGAUUAAUACAGGCGAUUUGUGGGUCUGGUGCAGUUGAGCAAAAGUGAAAUCACAGGUGGAAGUAAAAACAAUUGCUGGCAUUUUAGGCUGCCUGCAUCACCAUCAGUCUCUGCCGCAAGGACUCGACUGAUGGGGCAGAAAUUACGUCAUUGAGAAUGUCAUUCACGAUCCAAGAUGCCCUAGAUACGUAGGUUUUUAAUUUAUCUUGAUGACCUUCCUUGUCUAUAUGGAGGCAAAGAUUUGGGAAUGAAAACAUAAUGA